AUGAAGCUGCGUCAGAGAAUGCCUUCGUUAGAUGUAUGCCUUACUUGUAUCAGUAUUCUGCUGGCUUCUGGCUGUGUGGACUGUAAAUGGUGCACCCGCAUCACAUCUGAAAAACACACUUUUACCACAACUGAACCUGGCCAAUGCCUGAAGACAUACGAGAGCUACUGUGGUUGGUUCACCUCUGAAAAAUGUACCUUUUAUGAAAUGGCUCCAUGUUUUAAAGAGCUGAACCACACAGUGGUGGUGUACAAAGUGGUGGAGGAGUGCUGUCCUGGUUAUCAGCUGGAUCCUGCCAAAAAUGAUACCUGUAUAGUCAAACCAG